GUAACUUGGCUGAUCAUGCCAAAGUCGUGUGUGUCAAGCUGUUUAUAAACUGAAUUUAAAACUGUUUUACACAAAUGGAUGUUUUGGGUACGCUGGAAGUCAGAUGGGCACAGGGUUUCACAAGCCCGAAUGCUGAAUUUAUCGAUGCCAAAACUGCGUGCUACAUCUGUGGCAAUUACAUGGUCUUCCUUGAUGUUGAGACCAAGAAGAGGCACGUGCUGCAGAGUCCUGGGCGGGGCAUCGGGGCUUUUGCAGCCAAUGGCUCGUCCAAAACUCUGGCCUUCUCUGAGCGGAAACCCAACCCCUCCAUAUUUGUAUACAGCUACCCAGAGCUCGUUCAGAAGAGUGUUCUUAAAGGCUCAGCCAAACUGGAGUAUUCUGCGCUUGCACUGAGCCGGGCGGGUCCUUACUUGGCGUGUUUCUCCGGCAUCCCAGAUCACACCCUCACAAUAUGGAACUGGGAGAAUGAGACCGUUAUUUGCGCCGAUCCCAAUGCCGGGAAAGAAGUCAUUCAUUUGAUGUUUAAUCCCAUGAACUGGCAGCAGAUCUGCGUUUCACGCACCUCGUCCAUCACAGUUUGGACCAUUGAAAGAUGUGACUACCUUAAAAUAAUGACAACCAGUGUGAUCAGCCUCCCAGCGGCCGACGGCUCGCAGCCUGAGGCCCAGGCCAGGCUCUGCCACAAUCACAACGACAACCCCGAUUACAACGGCCCCCAGAUGCCCAUCUCCGCCACCGCGGGGCUGAAAGGAGACCGGGCUGAAGGCUUUGUGCCGAAAGCGAAGAGGAAGGAGAAGUUCUACCCGAGUUCUGUGUGCUGGACAGCUUCUUCUGACCUGUAUGUGGGGUGCAGGCAGGGCCACCUGCUGCUGGUCAACCUCGACAGCAAAAGUGUCUCCGUUCUCCUGAACCCCCAGCAAGACGCAGACCUGGAAGGUCCUCAGCUCCAGGAGGGCAGCCUGCAGGGCAUUGUACUGCACAGAGACGGACUGUUCGCAGCAGGAAAUGAUUGCGUUUUACGCUGCUUACAAAUAAAGGGCGACAAUGUGCAGAUAACACAGCUCUGGGAACUAAGUGAGCCAGUGGUGAACUCAACCUUCUCCCCCGAUGGCCAAGUUCUGCUUCUGUCAUCCAGUAAAGGCAGUGUUUACAGGUACAGAACAGUUCAGCCUCAGCAGAUGGAGAAAGUUCUGGAUGUUCUCGCUGGAAACUUUCUGGCAGCUGGCUCACUGUAUACUGAUAAGAACCUCUGUGUGUCAGUGAGAGACUCUGGAGUUCUUCAGCUUUGGUCUGUAGAUGACGAGUCACACAUCAGCUCCAUCUCUUUACAAAUUCAGGUGACCAGCCUGGCGUGCUGCCCGAUUGCUCAGCUUGUUGCCGUGGGGACGGACACUGGACACGUCCUCUUCAUCGACCUGACCAAUGAGAAGCAGCCUCGCGUUGUUCACCGCAUACACCUCUACCACGCACCCGUGUCACAGCUCAAUUUUGACCAUGGAGGAAACUUUCUUCUCACUGGGGCUUCCGAUUCAAACAUAUUGGUCUUGGACGCUCGCCCUUCUAAGAUGUUCGAAGUCAUUGGAUUUACAGAGGCAGCGGGUGCCGUCCUGGGCCUGUCCACGCUGUGUAACAGGGGGGAUACGCAGGUGAAGGUGCUGGCCCUGUGCGCUGUGGAGAAGGACACACAGCAGGAAGCAGGGAGCCGGCUGGUCGCGCUGUCCCUUCCUAUCCAGAAGCUCACAGGAGCGUCAAGCUGCACAGACCUCCACGGCCGUCUGUCAGACGAACUCCUGCAAGAACUCCACUGUGAGGUCCCCCACCCCCUCUCCUCAGCUGUUCUGGGACCCAACAACAACAUAUUUGGCUACUGCCACACGACAAAAACAUUACAGCGCUUCCAAAUCCCAGAGGGUACAGGUUCUCAGAAGAAAGACGUAGUACAGCUGAGCCCGGUACAGGAAGUAGAGGGUCACCCCCUCGGCCCCGCCUCCCUCCUCCUGUCUCCACACCAGCUCUGGCUCGCCUCGGUCGGCAAGGACGGAAUCCUGCGAAUCCGGGAACAGUCCUGUAUUGAGAAAUACGUGCAGAUGCAGUGUCACACAUACUGGUCGGGCGGUGCUCGGACGGUAUCCUUCUCCCCAGACGGUCAGACCCUCAUCACCACGGGGUUUGAGGACGGGUCCAUGGUCUGUGUGAGACUCCGGUUAGAAACGGAAGGUUCUAGCAAAGCGGCUGAUGCGACACAGCGUGUCAAGUCCCUGCUGGUUUCUCUGAAGACCCUGCAGUCCGUAGAGAACCCCGUACUCAGCCAACUGCCCGAAUGGAACCCAGACCCCCUGUCCAGAGCUAGCUCAUCUCUUCAGACCAUGGAAGAGGCCCGGCGCAGGAUCGACGUGACGGAGCAGGACGAGAGCUACCGCAGCCCCUCUUCCUCAGACACGACCUCUGACCCUACCUGGCUGGACUGCAGACACGCGGAGGCGCUGAAGAAGGAGAGUCAGCAGUAUGCCGAGGCCAAGAAGAGCCUGAGAGGAGCGAUGAGGCGGCUGAGGGAAACGAUUAAAGAAAUGAUGCAGGAGAACGAGACUCUGUCGGAGAUGGAGAGGCUGGAACCUCAGGAGUUUAAUCUGGACAUUGAUGCCAGGAAGAGGCUGCUCACUGAGGCUGAGGAAGAGGUUGCCAAGGUCCGAAGGGAGGCUGAAAUGGAGAACCUCGCCAAGGCGUACCUGCGCGAGGUCAUCAAGAAAGAAUGCUGGCAUUCCAUGAAGGUCAAAGGGAAGUCCGUCAAGGCCUUCCACACGGCCCACGAGGUGAAGAACUACCCCCUGAAGGCCAGGUCACCCCAGGAGCUGGAGGAGAAGGGGAGGGUGCACACCAUGAGGAAGAUCGAACACGGAGACCGCAGACUCCAGCACGAAAUCGUGGAGAAAAACACGUGCCCUCCAAAAGUAACGGAGGAGAAUGAGGACGAGACUGAAGAUAACAAGAGUGAACAAGAGAACGAGCCAGAGGCAGAGAAAGACAAAGAGAAGCAGGAGGAGGAAGAAGAGAAGAAAGGAGAGGAGGAGGAAGAAGUGGACAAGGACAGCCCUGCCUUGACCGGCAGCCUCAGUGUAGAGUAUGGCGGGGCUAACAUCUACCUGUACAGCCAGUUCGACCUCCAUGUCCGAGAGGAGAAGAUCAACCAGAUCACCCUGCUGCAGGAUGUGAUUUACAAAGUGAAGACCGCCUUCAACAAGGAGUUUGACGCGGUGCACAAGCAGAAGGUGCAGGAGAUCAACCGCGUGAAGGAGAAGAACAAGAGGAUCAGCGAGAUCAUGCUGGAGCUUGAAAUGGAGGAGGCGCUGUGGGAGCCCGCCCUGUCUGACGGCGAGAAACCCGAGCUGGCUCUCACCGUCUCCGAGUCAGAGAUUAAAGUGGAAAAAUACCUGAGCUUGGAACAAAGGCAGAAGGAAGAGGAGCUGAAAAAAGUAGAGGAAGAAAGACUGCAAGCUGCCAAGGCUGACAAUAUCAGAGAGAGAGCCCUUGAUGACAUGAUGGUUGGAGUCUUGGAGAUGAAGACAGAGGGUAUUUUGAAAACGGAGGUUGCACAGCCACCGUUCAUGUCCAAGCCGGAGGAGGAGUGGACCGAGGACGACAAGAAGAAUUUUAAAGAGCACGAGAAAAAAGUGAAGGAACUGAACGAAGAACAGGAGAAACAUCGAAAGACUUUGGAGACUGAAAUGAAGAAACUGCAGUCAGCUAUCCAGGAAAGCACACAACAUUUUGAUGACACACUUACCAAACUCUUUGAGAGGAAAGUGAACUGUGAAAUGGUUAAUUACCAGGAGGAGCUGAAGCUUGUCAAUCUGGCUCAAUCUCUUAUGAUGGAAGAUGAAAUUCACCACAGCGAGGAACAAUUCAGCCAUAAAAUUGAAGAAACAAUGGCCUUAAAGAGCAAGAUCGGGGAAAAGUUACAGAAAUACAGAAGUAUUGUAGAUGACUUCCGAGAGACCUAUGACAACGCUGUCGCAGAGGACAAAUUACUUGACCGUGGCUUUAAGAAGGAGUUUGCUGAUAUUUCUGUCCAUAUGGUUGAUCAGCUGUAUAAAUUAUACAAGCGCAGACCAAGGGUUCAGAGGAUCAGGGCGCAGACGGACAACGUCAGUUCUGUCCGCCCAGCCAGCGAGGGAGCAUCUCAGAUGAUGAAGGCCAUGAUGGACCUGGACCGGAUAGAGAACAUGCCGGAAGACCUCGAGCUGUCCAUUUGGGAGCGUUUCUGCCAGGCCAGGAGAACCAAGGUGGAGAGUGAACAACGGGUGAAACAGAAAGCCCUGGACCUGGCCGAAAUGCAGGCCUUUCUGCAAAGGAGAAUCAAUGAAGAGGAGGCUGUCAAAGCAAAGAUAACGAAUCUAAUGUCUGAAUUGAAUAGUCUUCGAGAGGUGAAGAUGGGGUUUCAGCUGGAUCUGAUGGUGCAGAUCCUUCUGAAGCAGGGCCAGGUGGAGGUGGAGACGGGCAGAUUCAUUCCCGAUUUCUCUGACUCCGAGCUCAUCCACAGGAGCGAGGUUGAGGAACUAAACGGGACAAUCAGGUCUUUAGGGAAUCAGAAGAUCGCCAGCAUGGUGGAGAUUAAGGACUUUCGGAAGGGCAUCAUCCAGCAGGAAUGGGAGUAUAAAAGGAUGAAGAUGCUCCUGGAAGACCUCACCAAUAAGGCCCGGGACAUCCAAAUGCUCCGGGUCACUCUGGAGCUGCAGGAGUACCUGAGUGCUUCAGAUCAUGACAACCGUGUGUCAAAACAGAUUUCAGAUGUAGAAAAAAGAAUUGUACUGCACGAAAAGACUCAUCAGAAGGAUGUGAGGAUGACCAAAACAACAAUCGAUGGUCUGAAAAGACAAGUAGGUCACAAGGAAAAGCAAAACGUCCUGCUGGAGAAGCAGAUCGCAGACCUGAAGGUGACGGUAGCAGAGAGGAGGCAUAUCUGCGAAGCCAUAGCUAUGGAGCAGGCCCGGCAUGGCAGCCGGGGGAGCCGGUACCAGGAGAUCGUGGGAAGGAAGAAGCUGACGGACCUGUCCAAAGACCAGGCCAUCGAGCUGACCCAACUGAGAGCGGAUGUGGAGAGGCUGAGGAAGAAGACCUUCCCAGCCCUCACCAGUCCUAGAUAACCACAAACAUCUCACUGGUUAUGUUCCUUUGUUUAAUCACAAAUUUAGUUUGCUUUCAUCAGAUUAAUCCCAGCCAUCAUUUAAUUAUAAAACAGACAUGAACAAGUUUCAGUAAAUUCAACUGUCAUGGAUUGCCACAAUAUGAACAAUGAAAUUCAUCACUUCGCAUCAAAGGCUUUCUGUAUUUAAUUUUUAGAUUUCUGUCUUUAAUAAAACAAUUCUGUGUGAUAUGA